CGGCGAGCGAAGUACUUCGAUCAGCUCUCGCGACUCGAAUGAAAGCCUAUCUUCUCUCGCAGCGACCAUUACCGUUGUCGAGCUGCCUGACAAUCCACGGUUGCAAAUACUCCGUACAAGUUCGUGGGGGAGCGCCGGAGUCCAUAAGGAGCAAGUGACGAGGUUGGGGGGGGACUGAUUUGAUGGUUAUGCCAGCUGGCGGCUGCGGCUGCUGUGCGCUGCAUGCUCUCUUUCAGCAGCUGACCCAUCUCAGUGCAUCAAAGGGCUCCUUGACAGUUCUCAACUGCAUGGCGAGCUCAUGCAAUUUUGAUACGCGGUACCACAGUCCGUCUGAUGCGGAUUGUAUUGGGCUUCACCUGACGCCUGCCGAGGCCAGAAUUUGCGAGUCUUUUUCGCAUGCCCAGCUAUGACGUGCUGCGCACUGAAGCUGCGACCAGCAUCUUUGUG